AUACAACACGCACGUCGGCUGCAGUGAAUCUAAUCGUCCACUAGAGCGAGGAGGAAAAAGCUAAAGCUCCAAACAUCGAUGAUCAGAGUCUCAGCAUCUGCUCAGAGACACGACCCGCAGGGAGCAGCGGGUCAGAGCACGUCCGGACACAACGACACCUCUGGGUCUGUGCGUGUGAGAGAGGGAGGAGAAGGAGCCAGAGCAGCCGCCGUAGAAGAGCUCCUGCCCUAAUUUGGCUGUGAGGACGAAACAUCAGUCUGCUACACGGCCCAACCAGAGUCUAAGAUGCCCUAGGCCAGGAGAAGUGAAAUGUAAAUGGCUUCCAAAGUAAAAGAUGCUGUGGUGUGGUACCAGAAAAAGAUUGGCGCCUAUGACCAACAGAUUUGGGAGAAAUCGGUGGAACAGAGAGAAAUAAAGUUUAUAUCUCUGGGCUUGAGGAACAAGCCCAAGAAGACGGGACAUGUCAAACCAGAUCUCAUAGAUGUGGACUUGGUCAGAGGGUCGGCGUUUGCCAAGGCCAAACCCGAGAGUCCGUGGACGUCGCUGACCAGGAAAGGCAUCGUCAGGGUCGUCUUCUUCCCGUUCUUUUACCGCUGGUGGAUCCAGGUCACGUCCAGAGCCAUUUAUCUUUUACUGUUGGCUCUUUAUUUACUGCAAUUGGCAGCAGCUGUCCUGUAUGUGUCCAUCCCUCAGCCUCAUGGGAUACCGACCACCGAGGUGUUCGGAGCCAUCUGGCUCAUGCUGCUGCUCGGCACCGUCCACUGUCAGAUCGUCUCCACCAGGACGCCGAAGCCCGCCUCCAGCAGCGGGGGGAAGAGACGCAGGAAGUUGAGGAAGGCAUCUCAGAUGGAGGUGCAUAGGGAAGGCGACGGUUCUAGCACUACCGAUAACACACAGGAGGGGGCGCCACAUUCCCACUCAGCCAGCAGCCCCACAUACAGCCUGGGCACUCUCUUCCAAGAUUUCUGGCAUGAUAUCUGUAAAGCUGGAUCUAAGAAGUCCAAGCUUUCCAUCGACAAAUCUACCGAGACCGAUAACGGCUACGUGUCGCUGGACGGCCGGGUGACCAAUCGCAGCAGUGAGGAGGGACUUCAGCUCCACGAGCAGCGAUGUGAUUUGUUGAACAGAGCGGACGAGCCGUGCUGGAACUCUCACGUCCAGCCCCCUCACACAGCUCGCAGCACGGGGCUGAUGCUGCCCGGUGUCAACAAGGAGCCAGCAUCAGAUGAGGCGUCCAGCGAGGAGGACCCUGAAGCCUCCUACAGCGCCCUCCGCAGGGGGGUUGAAAGAAUGAACAGUGACUGUACGCUCAGAAACCGCAAGAACACUCACCACUACAAGAAACACUACGCUGUGGAGGACGUCCCCAAGUCCGGCACCAGCUGCAGCUCCAGAUGUUCCAGUCUGAGGACUCAGGACUCAGAGAGCACGAGACACGAGUCUGAGACGGAGGACCUGAUGUGGGAAGACUUCCUGCACUGUGCCGAGUGCAGAUCCUCAUGUACAUCAGAAACAGAGGGAGAAGGAGGAACACCCGUGUGCCCUCCUGCUAAGAAGGAAUACAGAGACGACCCUUUCCAUCAGGGUCACGUUCCGUGGCUGCACAGCUCCAACCCCGGCCUGGAGAGAGUGAGUGCUAUAGUGUGGGAGGGAAACGAGUGUAAGAAGGCCGACAUGUCCGUCCUGGAGAUCAGCGGCAUGAUCAUGAACAAAGUGAAUCUCUACACGCCUGGUAUUGGUUACCAGGUGUUUGGGAACCUGGUUUCAGUGACACUUGGACUCACACCUUUUGUGUACAGACUGGCUCAGUACCGAGACUUGGAUCAGCUGACCACGCUCUCAGCCACUGAGCUUCUGUCUGUGGCACUGGGGGGUGGGUCCGGAUCAGACGCCAUGGUCAUCACCAUGGUAACGCUGAGCUUCCUGGUGCGUGUUUGCCUCACAUGGCUCUUCUUCUUCCUGCUCAGCGUAGCAGAGAGGACAUACAAACAGAGGCUACUGUUCGCUAAGCUGUUUGGUCACCUGACGUCGGCCCGCAGAGCCAGGAAGUCUGAAGUUCCUCAUUUCAGACUGAAGAAAGUUCAGAACAUCAAGAUGUGGCUGUCGCUACGCUCAUACCUCAAGAGACGGGGUCCUCAGCGCUCCGUGGACGUGAUCGUGUCGUCAGCCUUCCUGCUCACUUUGUCUGUCGUCUUCAUCUGCUGUGCUCAGUUGCUCCACGUCCACGAGACGUUCCUGGAGUGUCACUAUAACUGGGAGCUGGUGAUCUGGUGCUCCAGUCUGUCUCUGUUCCUGCUCCGGUUCGUCACUCUGGGCUCCGAGACCAGCAAGAAAUACAGCAACACCUCCAUACUGCUCACUGAACAGAUCAACCUGUAUCUGAAGAUGGAGAAGAAGCCAAACAAGAAAGAGGAGCUGACUCUAGUCAACAAUGUUUUAAAACUGGCUACUAAACUACUCAAGGAGCUGGAUACUCCAUUCAGGCUGUACGGUUUGACCAUGAACCCUCUGCUCUACAACAUCACACAGGUGGUCAUCCUGUCGGCCGUGUCAGGAGUCAUCUCUGACCUGUUAGGAUUUAACCUGAAGCUGUGGAAGAUCAAAUCGUGACAGUGAAAAGAGGAAGCGUGUCUACGUCACUGACUGAAAGACUGAACGUCAGUCUCAACAUAUCGGAGCUCUGACUUUCAACGUUCUCACUUUGUGCAAUUCACAAACUAUUUAUUUACCCACUCAGUGUUUUUACUUAGGGUUUCUUUGAAUUCUAGUUUGUUUCUAUUUUGUGUUUUAUUGCACAAAACAAUGCUAUAUUAUUUUACCUGUCAACACAAAGUAUUAUAAGCAUAAAUUAUUAUUGUUAUUGUGAUAGUUUAGGUUCUCCGCUGCAGUUUUCAUUUCAGCUUAUUGGCAAAUUUGAAGGUUUUGAACUGGCAGAAAUCUUUGUAUUGUCAUAUCUGUGUUUUAUUUGCUGAAAGUUGAAACUGAAAAUUAUUUAUGUUCAGUGAGUUUCAAAACGGAACUUUGUUAUUACCUUAAAAUCAGUUUUUAAAAAUACUUAAGUUAGUCCAGUGGUUUUCUUCUCAAAUGACUUUCUAAAGAAGAAAAAUUUAAAAUCUCUUAGACCAUCGAUGUAGUACAUAAAACCUCAGCGUAUAUCAAGAUCAAACUACAAUUGUAGGGACUCUUAAUUAUCCUAAACUAAAAAUAACAAAAAUCCUGGUAUUUUGACAAAAGAAUGUAAAAAUUGUUUUCAAAUUCCUCUGUAUCUGAAAAUUAAUUACUACUCUGUUCAAACCAGCGCUCUGAUUUUAAAGCAUAAAACAGUAUUGGAUGUUAACAGAACAGUUUGGUAGGUGACGUUUUUUUGCCGACUUACCUGAGAAAAUUGUUCCUGGUUUUGUUCGUACAUUGAAAUACCAGCCGAUGUCAGCACUGCAAAGAAACAAUCAUCCAGUUAAUGGAAACAACAUGUGGGAUAGGUGACAUUAACUCUGGAGUUAGAGUUAAACAUGUAUUAACACAGUCAAGGGUUUGCUGAAGGUCACUUCACUGCAGCAAGUUAAAUCAAAUCAAAUACCCUUUUGUAUUUGUUUACUUUUUUUCCUGAACAGUAUUUCUAGCAACAUAUGAAGGUAAAAACUGAUCUGAUGUAGUUCACGUUAUUUUCAUACUCAGUUUGGUACAAUAUGCAGGUAAUGAAUGAGCUUCCAAACAGCUUCUUAAGUGGAGCUUGAUGGUUGUUUACCUCAAGCUUUUUUAAACGUUCUGCUCAGAUUGAUCCUAUAGGUGAAUUGCUGCGUAUUAAUUAACUUCCUAACUUCCCUACUUUUUAUGUUAUAUAGACAAAUAUCAGCGGCUUGUUUGUAAUCAGUCAGAAUUAGAUUAUUUAGGAAAUUAAAAUGUCAAAUUCAUAUUUGAUAUCAGACUCCCAGAGUUACUUAAGACGGUAGAUUAAUGUGUAUGGCACGAGACAGUUCGUCCUCUGCCCGUCAUAGGCUUCUUCCCCUGCAGUUACAACUUGAGCGUGAUUGAAGAUAUGCACUUUAGAAAAAAACAGAUUUUAAAUGGAAGAAAAAGAAGUUUCAUCUCGUCUCAAUGUGAUCUUAAUAUUCACAUCGUUCAUUCUAAAUGGUACGUGAAGUUAUCAUGCUCGCAGAAAAUAUCACGUGACGUAAAUUGUUGCCUCAGUUAUGGUUUAGCACGUUGCUGACUGAAACUAACGUCACUCAUUAAAAUGUUAGCAUAAUUAUCUUCAGUGUGUUUGAUGACGAAGACCAAAGUGCUUAUUGUUUGUUUUUCUUGUUCUCUGCUGAAAAAAAGAAUGUAAUUGCAGCGUUAUGCUUUAAAAUCUGUUUCCCUUUGGAAAUUCUUCAAGUUGUAUUUUUUUCUUUUUGACCUUUCGCUUUUUGUUGUCUCACUUUCUCUUUUGUUAAGAUUGUUUGUCCCUCAACCUUGUUGAACACAUGUUUUGCCAUGUUUUUAAGGAACAAAGACGUUUGACUUGUAUGUAUGAAAGGAGUCUAGGUAAAAAAAACAAUGUUGUGAUUCUGUUUUCCAGAACAGAAGAUUUUUUUUGGUGAACCGGUCUGUCCACACGGUCUACAUUUUUAUAAGAAAAAUAAAAGAAAUGGUUGUUGAC